CCAGUUCUGUGCCAGACCCCCGCAGAGGCCAGUGAGAGCCCAUUGUCCACAGCAGGUACGGGGUCAGCCAGGGCUUGUAGCAGCUGAAAAGUUUUGCAUCUGUAUGUGUGUCACUCUCCUGCCUGUCCCCCCAUCCAUCUGCCAUUUCAGCACCUCUGGCCCCAGUUUGGGGCAGCGCUCGUGUGCCUGGGCACGUCCCGUUUUCUGUGAUGGGAUGGAAGUGCUCCUCUCUGAUGUGGGACUUUAGUGCUGAUCUCCUAUUAAUUCUCCUCUGUUAUCAUUCCUUUUUCGUGACUACAGAGCCAGAGCAAAGUUAAGUCCCCCCAUCCCCAGAUACCUCACACCCUCCAAGCUCUCCUGUCACACAGGGGACCACUUCCAGCUCACAGCUCCAUGCCUUGAUCCACCACAGAUGCUCUCAGGGGGAUGUUGGAUGCCCAGACAGGUGCAUUGGGCUUGGCAGGUCUGUGGGACAGGCUCUAGGAAACAGGGGGGUGGGUGAAAAUCUGACUUUCACAGCCAGCCCAGUGCUCAGCCUGAGACCUGCUCCAGGCCAGCACUCGGUGUCCUUCACAGCUCACGCUGGUGGUAAAACCAGUGGGAGACAAGGAGGUUUUGACUUUGUUCAAUCUAAGAGGGAGGUUGGGCAGAAACAUUUCUUUCUUGGCCUGGAGACAAGCAUUAAUAUUAGAUGUCGUGGGAGUACACUUCUAGUGUGUGAGGGAGAAAGCUGUGGGGGAAAAAUGUAAAACAUUGGUCAAGGGAGGACUUCAAAUUCAGACAGCCUUGCAGGCAGGAGCCAAAAUCCCUUGCUGCCUUUGUCAGAAGCUCAUCACACCGACCUUAACAGUGCCAACAGAUCUGAUCUUCCCCCACUCUGAACUCGCAUAACGCCUCUGCUUCCAAGGGAACUUUGCCAGACAGUGUCCUGGGGGAUUUCCUCCCAGCAUAAUGAAUAUUAGCACAUAAGACACCGAACCCUCCCCAAGAGCAGAGGAUUAAAUGCUCUUUUAAUGGGCUAUAUGCAGUUUUAGCAGCUGACAUGGACACUUGCUUGAGCAAAGAUUUGACCCAAUAAAUGGAACUGCAAAGCGAACAUUUUGCAAUUAAAAUACUGGCAGAAUUUUAAAAUGCUCAGUGCACUUAGGGAAUAAUUGCCUAAUGGCUGAGAAGGCUCCAAUGAGGAUGCUGGAAGGUGGUGUGCUUGGUCCUGUGCUGGGUGGUGUACUGCAAAGAGCUGAAGGAUGAGUCCAUCCUCUUCCUCACCAUCAAAUUUACACUUGGGAUCCCGGGGACUCAGGCAAAGGUUUCCCAAGCAGUCAGGGCCUCCCUGUGCCCUACCACGGUGUCACAGUGUCCGUGCCUCUGGUGCACCAGUGGUGUCACUGCCAGUGCCACAGGGACUCACUAUCCUGCUUUCAUCCUCCACCCCACUCCACAAAUGUUUCAUCCUCCACAGCUCCACACCUUUGGGAGUGUCCAGGGCAUCCCACACCAGUAAGAAACCAAGAUGCUCCUUAAGGAAAGGAUCCCUGCCCAGGACACAUGAUGGAGCACCGUGGACAAGGGUUCCACGCUGAAGGACAGGACAUGUGGUAGGAGGCAGCACAUCCCACUGAAGAGCGAGAGCCGGUCGUGCUGCACAGCCCGGGGUGCUGUGGGAGGGACAGGACAUGUGCCACCUCAGCUGCCUCCUCUCGGGACUCCUCCUCAUCCUCAGCACCACCAGCACCGAUGGCUUUGCCCGGGCAGGCCGCAGGGUCUGUGCCGCGGCGCCGCAGAGCCGGGCGGGCGCCUACACCGAGUCCCACGUCCAGCCCGUCUACCAGCCCUACCUCACCACCUGCCAGGGCCACCGUGUCUGCAGCACCUACAGGACCAUCUACAGAGUUGCCUAUCGGCAGAGGUACAGGCAGCUGCCUGAGCCCGUGGCCUCGUGCUGUCCCGGCUGGAGCAGAGCAAAUACCCACACCCUCAGCUGUAACAGAGCUCUCUGCUGGGUGCCGUGCCAGAACGGCGGGAGCUGCACCUUCCCUGGCAGAUGUGCCUGCCCACCCGGCUGGACGGGGCGAGCCUGCCAGACAGAUGUGGAUGAAUGUGCCAGCCAGAGCCAUGGCUGCAGCCAGCUCUGCAUCAACACAGCCGGGAGCUACCGCUGCACGUGCCAGGACGGCUUCACCCUCGCUGCUGAUGACAAGGACUGCAGGCCCCUGGUGCCAGUGCCCGAGAUGGACACCUUCAGCCAAGCAGGUCCCUCCAAUGAAGUGAAGGAAGAAAUGAGCGACCUGAGGAGCCGAGUGGAAGCGCUGGAGCAGAAACUCCAGCUGGUGCUGGCCCCUUUCCACAACCUCAUGCCAUCGGCGCCGGAGGACGUCGGCACAGACCCCAUCAGCCGACUGUCCCACUCCCUCCAGCAACUGGACAGAAUUGACUCCCUGAGCGAGCAGAUCUCUUUCCUUGAGGAGCGGCUGGAAACGUUCCUGCAAGAACGAACUCUAGCCGAACUCCCGAGGCCUUGGAACAAGCCGAGUGCAUCUGCAGCUCUUAUCUCACUCUCCAGCCCCAGGCUGGGGACAAAGCCACAUCAUCUACAGGAAGGCACAGGGUACCAGGAGAAGGCUGGUUUCUCAUCAGCAUCUCCAUAAUUUUCUAUUCCAGCUCAUCUUAUCAAAGGUCACGCAGUUACUUCCAAACUGGACUCCGAGCCCUCCACAUCUCCCCCCUUUCCUGCUGGAGAGGCAGCAAAUAAAUGCCUUACCUCGUGCCACGAGUGCCUGGCUGUGCCA